AUGCUUCCUAAUAAGGUAGAGUAAGCAAGAAUACUAAGUAAGAAGUAGGAAAGAAAAAAAAUGCUAUUCUAACCCUAGAAAUUCUCUCUAUCUACCCUAUUUCUAGUAAGAUUUUUGGCUACUUUUUAUCCUAAAAGUGGGGCUAAUAUAAUUCAAAAAGCAUAUUAUUAUAGAUUAUAUAAUGUAAUUUUGACCAUCCCUAACUUAGUUCUAGUCAAAGUUGAUGUCUUCUUCUCCGCCAUUCAUCCCAGACAUCCCUCAAAACUCUGCUUAUGUGAGCAUGAGUGGUCCUUUGCCUCGUAUUCAUGCUGUGAGUCAAGGAUACAUGGUUUGUAAGUAGCAAAUAUUGGAUCCCAUCUUAAACCAUGCCUCAUCGGUGGAGUCCAGAACAAGCAGAAGCGUUCCAUUCGCUGAUAAACAAGAAUAUUACACUGGUCAAAUGCUCACCUAGGUCUAGGAAGUCUCAAGUACUCGUCAGAGGCGUGAGAGUCAAAAUUCUUGUUUCUGACAGCAAAUCCAUAGGAACAGCGAAAGGGUGGUCCGGUUAUCGGAAAAGCUCGCCUUGAAGAUCGGGAAGAAUUCGAUAUCUCCAGGUUACAAUAA